GGAGCAGACAGGACCGCGGCUCGAGGCAGCAACAGCAGCAGCAUCAUCAUCAUAAUCCGCAUCACCACCAUCACCAGCAGCAGCAGCAGCAGCGCCGCCACAAAGGGACUGACUCUCCGCUCCUCCUCCUCCUCCUUCUCCUCCUUCUCCUCGUCCUCUUCCUCCUCCUCCACCUCGUUGCUUCUCUCCCGGGCUUCAGAUGCUCCGGCUCGGCGGCAGGAUGUGCGCUUUCUCGGCCCUGCUCUCGGUGCUCCUCGCUGGUCUCGCGGCGGCGUCCUCUGAUCUUUUUGACAACCAGCUGGGCGACAUCAGCUACUGCAAGAAGCAAUGUCAGCUCACCAUCAAGAACAAGAGCCCCGCUAAAGACUCCGUAAUGAAUGCCUGUCACCGUGGAUGUCGCCUCUACUCCAUCUGCCAGUUCGUCAAUGGUAACGCGGGCUUCAACACCAGCAGGGAGGAGUGUCAGGGAGCCUGCCAGGAGGCGUACAUUAAGCUCCUGGAGCAGGAGGCCUGCAGCACCGGCUGUGCCAGCCAACCCUCUGAACCUGAGAUCAAGAGAAGGAAGCUGAAGGCCAUGACUCUCCGCCCAAAGUCCCCCUCUGUGAUGGAGGCCGUGUCCAGUUGGUGCAAUGACAUUGUCAGCUCUGCUCAGAGCCUCAUCUCCUCCACCUGGACGUUCUACCUGCAGGCUGAUGAUGGCAAGGUUGUGGUUUUCCAGAGUCAGCCGGAGGUGGAGUACUCUCUGCCGGAGCUGCAGGCUCCUCGAUCCAACGUGGAGGAUAAACCUUGGCCUCAGGUCCACUCCCACACCCAGAGACCUCACGGUGUGAGGGGACAUGGCGAGAAGGGAGCAUCUAAAGCGGGAGGUAAAGGGAAGCACCCUGUCCAGCACGCAGACGACCCCACAGCUGAGCACGACUUCCUGGGCUGCAUGUCAAGACGUUCAGGUCUUCCGCGGUGGAUUCUAGCGGCCUGUCUCUUCCUGUCCAUCAUGGUCAUGCUUUGGCUCAGCUGUGCCAGCCUCGUCACUGCACCUGAGCAGCACAUUAAGACACAGCUGAGCAUCAACGGAGACAAAGAGUUUCUGGACAAUGCCCACAAAGUCAGCCCGUACCACCUGACUCCUGUGAUAGCUGUCGCUAUGAAAGAAUCAGAGGAGAGCCAGGAGGCGGGGCCACUUCCAGUGAAAGUUGACCUCAACAAAACAUGUGUUUAGAAAGAAACAAUGGAAAAGCUGCUGUCUUGUUGGCCCAGGGUAAUAACCAUGUCUAGAAAUCUGUGGCCCAUCUGCGGAGUUUUUAACAAUGUAUUUUUAAGAGCAUGGCACCCUCCUGUCUUUUGAAGUUAUCUUACUGGAAAAUCUAGCUUUUGUCAAUCAUCAGGCAGGUUUUUCACUUAGCUACGCUUGUCAUUACACUUCCCUGUACAGUCCAAAUAUGUCCAUCCUAAAGUUAUCCUUAGUGAUCAGCCUGCAGCCUGCUUACUAAUUGGUAAGACGAUGCUCUUGUCUUGGAGACAUGCUGGAGACAAGCAGAGAGGAUGGAUUACAGCUGAGAGCUUUCUGACCAUCAAGUGGAGACAAACACUAAGAUUAAUUUCAGAUUUCAUUUUCCUCAUUGUCACAGGGAGUUUGGAUGAAUUAAUAGCUUUUUGAGAGCGAAGCAAAUGAGUGAAGUGCAGUGUGAGGGAGAGGAAAUGAAGAGGAUUCAACAGACCUUUUUUUCCCCACCUUAUUUUUCUUUGUGUGUGUGUGUGUGUCCAUGUGUACCUGUAAACAGCACACAUUCCUUUGCGAGAACUUGAAAAGGAUAUUGGUUAAACUCGGUGAUCAGUCUGAGAGGCGUUUAUUUAUUUUCUCUAUUUAUUCAGAAUGGUUGACGUGAGCUCAUUUGUUGACUAGUGAUUCUGAAGUGCCAUGUACGACAGCUCUGUCAUCACACUAAUGUAAAUGUAAAAGACACUGAAACGCACAGUGAAUAGAGACACGUGGAGAGGGGAAGAUUGCACCUAUUGCUGUAUUAUUAUAUUACUAUAAUUAGCAUCACAAUGCUCAUAUAUCACUUAGCUGUUAUGCUAUGUGUCAUGCGCUUUCUACUAGCUGACUAUUUUGUAUGUCCUAGGAGCACAUACUGAAGGAUAACCUGUGUAUCAUGUGUAAUGCAAAGCUUUUAACAUAGGCCUUUGUUAUUGAGCAGAGUUGCACAGUCUUAGAGAUGAUUCUUCUGUUUCCCUCUCAGUGCUUUUGAUGUCCUGUACUGCUCUUUUACUCCAGGUUAUGUCGACAAUAUACCGUGCAUGCAUAAGUGACGCUUCAAUAGUUUUAUUCUAACUGCCCGCCAUGCCAGCAUGGCACAACACUACUAUAGACUUGUGGGUUUUUGUGUUCCUAUAUUUACUGUAAUCACUGAAUAGUUAUGAUGUUAUGAUGAAUGAUGACAUUCUCCUCAUGAUCCACAGAAAGGACUUGUGAUCAAUUGUCUGUGCUGAUUCAAACUGAAGGUGUAUGAAAUACGAUAUGAAUUUCAAAAUGUAUUGUUUCCUUUUUACUGGUCUGUUAUAUUUUCAGCGAAAUGAUACAACAUGAUGAAUAAAGUGUUUUCAUUGUAAAUAUACAA